AUGGCAUUUUUCAUAACUACCACUGUGGUGACAUUUGUGUAUCCAAGUUUUGGGCAAAAGAAUAUUGACGAUGAACCACUGGUUAAUCCUGGUCGUGAUAUGGAUGCAGUGAAGGCGAUCUCUCCUGCUUCGCAAGAUUACAAUUGGGAUAUGCUCGAGAACCUCCCAACAAAAUACAUGAUGUAUAUCGGAACCUGCAAGAAUACGAUGGAGAGUGAUUUUAGGAACUGUAAGGCGAUGUCAUCGAGGAGAUUCUUACGAAGAAACCUGUUUCCAGAGAGUGUUGUGUGA